CCUCAAGCUGACGAGAGUCCAACGUCUUGCUGAGUUCGUCUGCGAAGAAUGCCGCUGGUCGGCAGAGCAGGCGGCCAAGGACUUCUACAAGUUCCUCUAUCCGUCUCCGCACAAGUACUUUGGCGACUCGGCUCACGGCUUUGCCGAAGAGUUCUUGAGCCGUCCGAACGCACCUCCUCAUGGACAUGACCGCAAUCCCGAUCCCGGUCGGGCCGGGUUGGCCACAGUCUGAGGCCUCUAUUGCGUCGACUGCGUCGAUUGCUACGACGCACUUGAACCAUCGUUCAACUCUAGACCCGCCAGAGAGAUCCAAGUACGAGUUUCACUCUUCCUCAAGUGUGUAUUCAUGUGAAUCACUCAGGGACAACGACCGAUAUGAUGUCUGGGACGACUGCCAGGACGACAGCGGCAACGACAGCCGAUGCCUUCGAUGGGCCAAUACUGUAGACCUCAUUAACAGCACACAGCAGCCGCCACCCCUGAAUAUACUAGUCAACCAGAGCGCAGAUCUUCCGGAGACUCCUCAGUCCGCCAAGCAACUUCGGAUCGUGUCAUCCUGGGGCGCGAAGGCCGUUAACAACCCUGAAGAAGAUCCCUGGUGGCUACCCGAGAUCUGGGGUGCCGUACAGGACCUUACGGACGACCUGGUCGAGUAUCUCAGCAAGGCUGAGCUCGUUAGCACCUUCAACGGACACAAUGUGCACGUCUCUCGGAACGAAAACGAUAUAGGCACCUGGGACGAGAGCCUCACCGUCAUCAUCGUGACGCCGGGUGGAACAAGAGCCCGCAUCAUGACUGGAGACGUGUACCAUCAAGGCGUAAGUCUGGCGGGCCUCCGCAUGAUUGAUCGCGUCCGGUACCAGUACAUCUCCAAAAAGGAGAAGGAGCACAUGGAGAAAGCGGGACUCGCCUGCAUCUUUUACCCUUGUAGAGUCCUGAGCUGUCCGCUCUCUCACAAGCGGGAUCAGCACCAGCCCUGGCCUUUGAACGGCGAGAGCCUGCUCGCUGAAUUGGAAAGGGGAUAUCGGAUGCGUAAGAACUGGAAAUCGCGGGCCAGCAUUACUGCCUCUGUGACGCCGAGUCCAAGUCCUCGUCAGUAUUCGUCUCCGUCCCCUGUUCGUGAUCAAUCACCUGUUGCUGAUGUGAUAGCCUCCCGCCGUCGACCGGCCCCGCUGGAUUUGACGAAGACCAAGGGAGUAAGAUUCACCAGUGCGGCAGAUGUUGCUGAAUCGACUUGGUCCCGUGGGGAUGUAACGCCUCAUCCAAACAGUCUUCAGCCAACGGUAUCAGAUGAGGAAGAGGGUCCCCUGACCAAACCGGACUGGUUCGAGCCGCUCGUGGCCACGCCCCCUAAGUUGGAAGGUGAUGUGGUGAUGGAUUACGAGGCUAGAGCUGGUAGAGCUCGACCCUAAAACUACGAUUUUAACACGGCUGGCGAGCCUAACGGAUCACCGCCACCUCGUGUUCGUUCUGGGCGGAUCCGCAGGCUA